GGAGCUAACUGUUCCCCAAAAAGAAGUGUGUCAGAUGAAGGCCAGCUUUGAGCUCGUGCCCGCUGCGUUUUGCGCUGAAAUAACUUGGGACGCGGGCAGGUGGUUACGGGACGGCCGGACGACGAAGCCUCACACGGACUUUUAUUCCCAGGACGUACCUCGUAACUCAGAUAAAAUAAUUCAUUGAGUCGGCGCUCCGUUUUUUGGGCAGCCAUUCCUCCCUGCAAGCACACGCUAUGGAAGGAGGGGCCCUAAACUAAACUAAAGGAGACCCGAACCACGCAGACCAGAAAAAAAAAAAAAACUCAAACCUCCAUCCGCCUCUUCGGAAUGAAUCUUCUCGUCUGAAUUGGGUGAAAUGCCUUGACCAUUCCCCCGCCGUACUAUGGCAGGUGUAGUCUCCCCUGUGGGUUUGGUGGAGAUGCUCAGGCCUCUGGUGUGUGCCCGUGGCCGGCGUGCACUGUUUCUGUUUACGGUGUUGGUAACAGUGAUCGCAGCCGACUCACCUGUUGCAGAUGAUUCUCUGUUGGCCUCUACAAAGCCCCCCAUGGGCGUUUCAGAACACGGUCAAAAUUCAACGCUGUUCGAACCGUCAGCCUUACCAGCCUCAUAUUAUUCUGCCUUUGAGAGCCCGGACUCACCUGAUGCCCUGCCAUCCAUUUCUGAACCAAACCUCCAAAACUCCAAUUCCUUCUCAAGAAGGGAAGUCCCUACAGAAGAAACACAUCCCCUUGCCACUCCUUCGUUAAGCCCCUCUGAACCUAUAUCGGGGUUUAGUCCACAAUUUGAGGCAGCUAAAUUCUUCACAGACUGGAAGUUGGCCAAGGCAAAGUCGUCCAUGCAAUCUUUCCCCCUCUCUCCAACUCCUACGAGAUACAAGCUGAAGCCUCAGACAAACGUAUCCAUGGCACCCUUAAGCCCCACUACUUUUACGACGCCAGUGUCACCUCAGCUCGACCCUAAAUCUGAUCAAAAAUCCAUCAGCAGGCAGCAGGAGGGUGCAUCAGAGCAAACAGCGGCAGUCGUGACCUCAUUUCCUGCUCAGCCCCUGGAGCCCCCUGAACUGUCUUUCGCUGACUUUGCGGCAGAUGACUCUCAUAGUAGAACCCUAGAGGUGAACCAGCUGGGUCCCAGCGGCGCCCCCUUGAAGGACAACCAACCAACACGGGACAUGCUAUUGAACCCGGAUGUGAUUCUGGCCCCGGGCUACCAUGUGCCUUUCAUCGACCCCCACCCCACAUUGCUUUCAUCUGAACCCACCGAGGUCCCUCCAGAGGACUUCUACCCCACCAACUCCAUGGAAGUAGACUGGGGAUCUGGAGACUACUUGGAGACAAUGUCCUUCCUGAAUGCCGAUGGUGAGGACUACCCCCUGGCCACGAAGGUGCCCUCCGACUCCUACGAUUUGGAGGACUAUACGGAAAGCUAUGACACAUCCUUCCCUCCCAGAGUAGGCAUUUCCCCUUCGUCCCUGCAACCUCUUGAUGCCUCGCGUACUGCCAGCCUCACCACGGCCUACAGUGCCAUCCUUCCGCUGAAAUCCAUUGAUCCCUCGUCAUUGUCCUCUACGAUUCACUAUACCCUGGACCCGAGUCCCAGAGCCAACAGCGAGGUACCCGACGCGUCGGACAUGAAUUUCCCCGAUUCUUUCACAAUUCAACCGACGGAUGUUCUCUUACCCGAUAUGAACAGCAUGGAGUAUUACGUCACUCAGUUGACCAUGGAGAAGGAAGGUUCAGACCCCGAAGCUGAACGCAGAGGGAACCGUACCGUGGUAUCCGUCAGUGCCACGGACACCGCACCCUCAGGCAGCGUCACGGAAGAUAGCAACUCGGCGGAGGACGGGUCCUCCAGUGAUCUAUCCGGGUUCGAGCCUAAAGACGAGUCAACGACAGCAGUAACGACGGAGGAGAGUCCUCAGCUGAUCAACGCCACUCAUUCUUAUCUGGAUCCAUCCGUUGACUCAUCCCACUUCUUUGAUCCAUCUCCUUCAGUCUGGGGGGGUCAAGUGUCCACCACGGAUUGGUCUGGUGGCCUGCUACCCAGUGCCACGGCGUUGCUGCCAGAUGAUGUCCUACUGUCCACCUCUCUGACUGAUGUCCAUUGGUUUGUUACAGAGUCUUUCCCAUCAAGCACCACUCCUGUCUUCACCGAUCCCACCGAACUUCCUGCCAACACCACAGCUGGCACGGAAGAAUUAACUCCCCAAGAGCCCACGAUCACAACCGAACAAAUUUUCAAUAUCACUUCAGUGUCAACUGAGCCCACAUCCAACUCUACUUUGGACCCCCCGGUCGUGUUGGGCGAUCAGGGGGUGACAGAAGAUCAAGUUGACAUCCCAGCCACAAUGACCUCAAUCCCGACUAGCAGCGAAGCUAACACCCACUCUGCUGUACCCGAAACCACAGCUGCCACCACUACUUCUCAUCAAGACACAACUAGAGCUACUGCCACCACCAGAGCCUCAACUAGUGUCAACGUCAACUCCACCACCAGCAAAAGCAACACAACAACAACAACAGCAGCAGCAGCGUCACGACCGUACCUCUGCCACCUGGAGAGGCCUGCUUAUUUAAUAAAGAUUGGUUUUCCUUCUGGGGCCACUGUUGGAUACGCCAAAUCUCAAGUGAGAGACAUUCUCAAAGGGGAAUUCAACAAGUCUAUGGAGCUCCAGGUUGUGGACCCCCCCCCAAAGUUUGUGUUCCGGGUAGUGUCCGGUCCUGUUGUGUACACAGCUAUUUCUGUCAUCAAUGCGCUGCGGAGGUCCGGGCGCCGAUUUCUGUCUCUGUCUCCCAACUGGACAACGCCAGACCGGAAAUAUCAAGUCCACACAGUGCUGCAGUUUGUUCCCGGUCACGUUGACGUGCGCUUCUGCAACUUCAGUGAGAGCGUCGAGACAGGUUUGACCAUGGCCUUUGCGGAAGUGCGUCGGCGCUCAAAGGAAACAACCAACUUCACCGUGCACGUUCUAAACAUCACCAUGGACGCUCCGAAAUAUCAGGAACGAAGGUUGGUGAGGCAACCAGUGGACUUGACCUUCACAGUCCGCGGUUCGAGCGGUUAUCUGAUGGGGUCAGAGGUCAGCAAUGCUCUGAUGAAGCUCACCAUGGUGGAAUUCAGCUAUUACAUGGGCUUCCCUGUACUACAGAUAGCUGAGCCUUUCCAUUAUCCAGAGUUGAACACCAGCCAGCUGCUUCGCUCCUCCUGGGUCAGAACAGUGCUCCUGGGUGUGCUCGACCAGAAAGUGGGUGAGAGGACCUUCCAAGCCAACAUGGAGCGCCGGGUGGCCAUGUUGCUGGGCGAGGCGACGGGAUUAAUCAGACGUGUCAGGAGAGCCACUCUAGUCGGCAACAACAGCGUGCAGGUUGUAAGUGCGAGCCGGCUGGUGGGUGCGGACCGUCCCCUGGAGAUGGUGUAUUUUGUGGAGGCUCCCGGUGGUCAGAGGAUGCCUGCAGCUCAAACAGCCAACCUGCUCAACAGCCUGGACGUUCAAAGAGCUGCCAUCGUUUUAGGAUAUCGGGUCCAGGGCAUUUUGGCACAGCCUGUGGAGAAGGUGGCGCACUCGCCCUCCGACGGCGAGAACACCAACGCGUGGAUCGUCGUCGGAGUUGUGAUUCCCGUCCUCGUCGUCGUCGUCAUCCUUUCCAUCCUGUACUGGAAACUGUGCCGCACGGACAAGCUGGAGUUCCAGCCCGACGCCAUGACCUCCAUCCAGCAGAGGCAGAAGUUGCAGGCUCCCAGUGUGAAAGGAUUUGACUUCGCCAAGCUCCACCUUGGCCAGCACAGUAAGGAUGAUGUCAUGGUGAUCCAAGAGCCUGCCCCGUCAGGACCCGGCCCAGGGCCCCUCCCCCCGUCCCUUAAAGAUGGCUUCAGUCCAUCUGAGAACGGGGAGAUCCCCACACCCAUCUCCAAAACCUCCACCAAGGCGUCCCGCAGCGGCCGGAGACGAGAAAGGAUCUCGCCAUCUGACGGGGACUCGGUGGUGAGUGACCGUUCCAGCGAGCGGGAAUCAACUGAGGAGAACCCGAGAGGCCACGCCAACGACGGCAAGCACAACCGCAAGGUCCCCAUCAAUGUUUUAAAUGGCAAGAAUAGAAUUGGUCCUCCUCCUCUUAAUUGUAAAAAUGAGGAGCAGCUGUCCUCAGCCUUCAUCUUUGAACAUGUUGAUCGGAUGUCUCGUGCCACGGAUGCCAGCAGGAGGCUCCCUAACAAAAUCCAGCUGAUUGCCAUGCAGCCCAUGCCUGUCCCACCACUGCACAGCCCGCCCAUCAAUGGCAAACUGUCUGACACCAACCAAAUCAACAAAGAGAUCCAGGUCGCAUUAAGGCACAAGUCGGAGAUCGAGCACCAUCGUAACAAGAUCCGUCUGCGUGCCAAGAGGAAGGGCCACUACGACUUCCCUGCUAUGGAGGACACGACGAGUGGCCUCGGAGACGCAAAGGACCAGGAUCGCAUCUAUCAGAAGGCCCAGACACAGAUCGAUAAGAUCCUGGACCCCGAUUCCCAGAUGCCCCCCUUCUUCAUGGAAUCCAAGAAAAGCAGCCGUGGAAGGCGUUCUCCCAAACAGAGAAUGAAGGAGCAGCUGAACGGAGGCCUAAUGGAGGCGGACAAAGACCACCUCAUCACUGACGACAGUGAUGCCGUUUACAGGAAGUGUCCUGGAGUCAACAACGUAGCCUACAUAUCGGACCCUGACCAAGGCCCAGGAUCGCCUCGCAGGAGCCCCUCCCCCACCGACGACGUCUUCCUGGGUCCCGGUUCCUCUCCCCCGGGGCACGCCCCUCCCCCACCCCCUUACAUGACUCCACAGCCUUCCAUUGAGGAGGCGCGGCAGCAGAUGCACUCGCUGCUGGACGACGCCUUCGCCCUCGUGUCGCCGACCUCUCAGGGCAGCACAGCCGGGAUCACCCUCCCUGGGGUCAACACCAACCCGCCUGUGUGCAGUCCUCCAGGUCGCGGCCCCAGACCUUGGGGUCCCUCUUACCAAGCUCUGGGUGCUUUCCCCGGUAGGUUCACUGACUUGAGCAUGUCCCCGUCUCCUGUCCAAGGCCUGACACCAAGGCGGGGCCUUGGCUCCUGCUAUCUGCCAGCAGGAGAAACUGCAGGUCAGUGUGAGCAGCUCCAGCCAGAUAGUCUGUACUCCAGCAGGGGCGUCUACGCGGAUGAGCGGCCCUCGUCUGCCAGGCCGCGACCAGUAGGGGGAACCACAGGUGCCCAGCUCCACCAUCUUACACAGGUGGGAUUGUCCAGUCGUAUGAAUGGUUACCCAGCAGGGGUGAGGGCGACCCCUGGGCAGAACGGAGGCCUCGGCUGGAGCCACUACCAUGGAGACAACUUCUCCAGGGCAGAGCCGGAAAAAGAUGCAUUCCUGGACUCUCCUGACUACACGUCCUCCUCUGCCUUUCAGGCGCCCAGAAGUGGUUUCAGGGAGCCUUCCGCGCCCCCCGUCCACCUCGACACCCCGGGGGCGGGAUAUCACUCUGCCCCACCUCCCCUGGAUACGGCUCCUCCCAACCACUCCUCCGCCUCCCUGAUAAAGGCCAUCAGGGAGGAGCUGCUGCGACUCUCCCAGAAACAGGCCGCCGUGCCCAGCUACCACAGCUGAAGCCCCCCCGGGCCUACGGUCCGUAGCUUCGACCAGUCACGCCACUGACCCCCCUGCCCGCCGGUGUUCGCCUAAUCCUGAAACUUACUUCCCAUGGAAGUCCCCGAGCGUGUACAGCAGAGAGGAAAGAAGCGAUGUCUUAACUGAAGGACUAUGCAGAGGAUAUCAACUGCUGUGCGUCACAUCUCAGACGGUGUUAUGGAGUGAGGAACAGUAAGGACGGUACAUGCUGGACGUAUGAGAGGACGGGACAUGGACCCCGCCUCGGGUCAGAGAGCUAUCGUGCCGUGUCACGGACGCCGGGGUCCGAGACUCGUUUUGAGAUUUUGCUGCAUUUAUUCCGACUCGGUAUUCUGUGUUUCACACUUUCAUUCUCAUGCUGCCUUCACUAAACAGGAAAACCCCCUUUCCUGUAAUUUAGGGAUGUUUCUUGGCCUACAGGUACUUUUUCGUGUUUUCUGAUGCAGGCCCUCAACCCCGUCAUCCCCAUCAGGUGCUACUUCACGUUUCCUGCCAUGAUAAGCCAUGCUAUGCCUUGACACUGUGAUGGAGUCCACCUGACCCAGUCUACUGUACAAGCCUACAGUGAGGUCAAAGUUCACAGCGAGGCGGUUCAGACAGUAGGCGCAAAGUGGCAGCCCCAGAGUCGCUCAUAUAAUAACCGACCAACCAAUAACACUAAUGAA